AUGUGUUACCCUCAAGUGGAAGGGGGCCUUGGAUUCAAAAGCACUAGUGACAUUUGUAAUGUUUUUUCCUCCAAAAGAUGGUGGAGACUGAGAGUAGAAAACAACAUAUGGGCUCAGUUUAUGAUGGCAAAAUACUGUCAAAGAGGUCAUGUGGUGGCAAGAAAUGUACAAGGUUAUCAAUCUUUCAUCUGGAAAGAACUUUUGAGGAUUAAGGCUGAGGCUGAACCUCACAUCUUAUGGAGGAUAAAUGAAGCUAAAAUGUCCUUCUGGUGGGACAAUUGGACAGGUCUGGGCCCACUAGCUGUUCAUUUAUCUAGGAACAAUCCUGGUUCUCUCAUGGUGGCAGACUGUCUAAUAGAAGAUAGCUGGGAUUUGGAGUUCAUUGAAAAACUUGUUCCAUCUGAUAUUUGCUCUAUCAUUCAGAAGGUGGACAUAGGGAAAAGAGAUAAAGUUGAUCAAGCCAUCUGGAUCAAUAAUCCAUCAGGAAAAUUCACAUGUGCCAGUGCCUUUCAGAUCCUAAGAAAGAAGCAGCCUGAAUCUCCUAUAUGGAAAUGCAUAUGGCAUAAAGGAAACCUCUUUAAAAUGGCCUUUAUCAGCUGGAGAAUUAUCAAGAAAAAGUUACCAAUGUAUGAUAGAACCAAGAACUUCACUAAUGAAUCUGAUCCUAUGUGUAUUUGCUACAAUGAUCCUAAAGAGGAAACUAUGCUACAUGUCUUCAUGGAAGGGGAUUUAGCUAAGCAGGUAUGGCAAUUUUUUGGAAACUCCCUGGGUAUAAAUAUCCAGAACCAGACUAUUCAAGCGAGGUUUUUAACAUGGUGGAAUCUCCCUGGGUAUAAAGGCAUCAUGAACAAGAAAGGCUACAGCAUUUAG